AUGGAAUGCUUUCGCCAGGUCUUUCGACUUGUGAAGUCCCCAUUCAGGCGCAGUUCUGACCGGAUACCAGAGAUCGGAGCGCCGACGCAUGUUAAAAAUGACCUUCUACCGACUUGCUCUCAGAAUGAAGAUCGGUCGAUGCCACAUAACCCAGACACGUCUCGGUGCAAGGAUGAGAAAGAUACGGUCGUCGAAGUCAUUCAGCUUAGGCCAUUCGCACGGGAGAAGUUUAAGAACAGGGUCCGUAGAUUGAGCAUCAGAAUCGCAUGUCCGAUUCUUGGGUUCGAAUGA